AUUCAGUCUGUGGGUGGAUAUCUCGGGAAUUGCCAUGUGUCUGGAUGUUUCGAUCUUCACAGAUUCGACUUUAGGCAGCUGAACUUGUGAUGCAUCGCUUAUUGUGAAGUUUAGCCAUUUCAAGAUAAGGAUUUCUCGCCUACACAAAAUAAAUAAAAGGAGAGACUUGCGAACCAAUUUAGAAGAACCUUAAAACCUUCAGUCAGAUUUCGGUUUCGAGGACAACAUGCCUCAAACGCCGCCAUUUUCGAGUGUGUUCAGCACCAGCAGUUACAACAAGAACCUCUACCAGCCAGAAGAGAGCUACUCCGGCCUGUAUUACCAUGAGGACAGCCUGGUGUCUGGCUCUCUGGAAGCGCUUAUUCAGCACUUAGUCCCCAACAUGGACUACUAUCCUGACAGGACGUACAUCUUCACCUUCCUGCUCAGCUCCAGGGUGUUCAUCCGCCCCCACGAGCUGAUGUCCAAGGUCUGCCAUCUGUGUGUGGACCACGAGAGACUAGCUGACCCUCAGGCUGAUAAGAUGAGAAUCAGAAAGUUGGCUCCGCAGAUGGUGCAGCUGCUGUCAGAGUGGACGGAGACCUUCCCCUACGACUUCAGGGACGAGCGCAUGAUGCGCAGCCUGAAGGAGCUCACGCAGAGACUGGCCACCGGCGACGAGCUCUACCGCAAGGCAGUCCAGCAGAUGACGCAGGCCCUGAUUCGUAAACUGACCACGCUAAGCCAGUACGAGGAGGCCUUGGCCAAAAUCAACGCCACGGCGACUGACAGGCUGACCGUCCUGAAGACCAAACCGCAGUCUAUCCAGAGGGACGUCCUCACCAUCUGCAAUGACCCCUUCACCCUCGCCCAGCAGCUCACCCACAUCGAACUAGAAAGACUGAGCUACAUUGGGCCUGAGGAGUUUGUCCAGGCCUUUGCUCAGAAAGACCCUCUGGACAACAAUAAGAGUUGCUUCAGUGACCACAAGAAGGCCAGUAACCUGGAGGCGUAUGUGGCUUGGUUCAACAGGCUCAGUUACCUGGUUGCCACGGAGAUCUGCAUGCCAGUGAAGAAGAAGCAGCGAGCGCGGGUUAUCGAGUUCUUCAUCGACGUGGCGCGCGAGUGCUUCAACAUCGGCAACUUCAACUCCCUCAUGGCCAUUAUCUCCGGGAUGAACAUGAGUCCAGUUUCCCGACUGAAGAAGACCUGGGCCAAAGUCAAAACGGCCAAAUUCGACAUCCUGGAGCACCAAAUGGAUCCUUCCAGCAAUUUCUACAACUACAGGACAGCCUUGCGAGGGGCAACCCAGAGGUCCAUAACGGCCCACAGCAGCAGAGAGAAGAUUGUCAUACCAUUCUUCAGCUUGUUGAUCAAGGACAUCUACUUCCUCAAUGAGGGAUGUGCCAACCGCUUGCCAAAUGGCCAGGUGAAUUUUGAAAAAUUCUGGCAAAUGGCCAAGCAAGUGGGCGAGUUCAUGACCUGGAGGGAGGUGGAGUGUCCAUUUGAGAGAGACCGCAAGAUCAUUCAGUACCUGCUGACCGCGCCCAUUUUCAGCGAGGACGCCUUGUAUCUGGCGUCCUAUGAGAGCGAGGGCCCAGAGAACAACAUGGAGAAGGACCGGUGGAAGUCUAUGAGGUCUGCUCUGCUAAGUAGAGUAUGAAGAUGAGAAGGUAAACUCAGCACAGUUCUGCAGAAGAGUCCUGCUGCAUUCGGCUGGGACAACAGUGAGCAGUAUCCCCGUUUGGAGGGGAGCGACAAUCUUUACAUUUCCUACGAGGACCCUGCCGUUUAAUAACAGAUUUAUACGAGCCGUCCGGGGUUCUCCUCUUCACACGACCGAUUUUUCAUCUCUUUGUAUGAAUUUUUAGUCUUUUUUUCUAAAGAUCAAAAACUAUAGCUGUCGAAGAGGAAUGGCCCCAGAUUUUUUGUCCGUCAGUCGAAGGACAUUUCCAGGUGGUCCGGGCAGUUGGAGGGGACCCAGGUGCUCCUGUCACACAGAAUGUCACACUGUCAUUUUCAAAAAAUUACAUUUCUCUGAGUUUUGCUGCUGGUUGGCGAACUGGAACGGUUCAAAAGCUGCUCUCUUAAAACAUACAUCAAGCUUACUGUGGGAGCAGUAAGGUCUAUUUCUUUCAUAGCUGGAGCGUUAAUAAUUCCAGUCCAUAAGCUAACGUUUUAUGUAGUUUUUGUUAUCAUGUAAGUUCCUUGUUUCUUUGUGUGUGUAAAUACAAGUAUUGUGUCAUAGUGUCCCAACAUGGCCGCCCAUUUCCAAGAAUGAAAUAUUGUCUCAGGAGGGUACUAAAUGCGCUGAGUGCAUUUAGGAAUUACUGAUGUCAUUUCCUGUACUGUGCAAAAGCCUUUGUUAUACAGUAAAACAGGAAUACCCCCCCCCCCCAUCAUCUCUGGGGCAUUAGCCGUGAGUGUAAAUGGCAUGUAAGUGUGGAGAUAUCUUCAUGUUCUCCAUUAUCGGUGUCAUUUGGACUCAGCCAUCAGCCACUUCAGCCUAAGUAUAGCGUUGGAGAACUGGUUGUUUCUAGCACUUAAGAUAGCCCUCUUUGUGUGAGGAGAGGGGUUUUUCUGAAUAAAAGAGCCCUCUUUCGUUCAUACUGCGGACAGAAAGAGAGGGGCUUCGUAAACCACAUAUUUAUUGGGGCUAUCAGUGGCUGUCAAUCACUGGCUUUUAUCAACCAAUCAAAAGCAGUAUGAUUUAUUUAAAUCAAUGAGUCACUGAUGGCACAUGAUAGCUCCUCCCACAUUUGGGCUAAAGACUUCUGUGUGUACCAUGUUCGAUCUCUGGAGUCUUCAGCAGGGGGCACUGAACAUGUGUCAUUUACUAAAAAAGAUGAAUGAUUAAACUAUUAAGCUAUUUGUUUUUAACCCGUUUGUGCAGAUUGGGCAAGCCCCUGUUUAAGUGCAAGUGUUUUUGUUUUUUGUUUCUUUUUCCACUACAUUGUCAAAAAAGUAUUUAUGUUCCCUAAAAGUAUUAAAGGUAUUUGUGCUAUCAUACGUGUAGCAUAUAUGUUUUAUUAUAUAAUUUACUGAUAUUCACUGUUAUUUUAUUAUAUUCUAUUUAAUUUUGUACUAGAUAAAUAACAUAAUUCAGUAUUCUAUUGCUAAUUUUCUGUUAAAGUCUGUGACAUGUUUUCAGGAUGCUCGGACAUGAAAUGAAGUUGUAUUUAUUGACUGAUGUCCAGCUUGCCUUCUAUCAUUUUCUUUUUUACUCAUAAAAAUGCUAUUAUGUAACUGUAAAUAAUUUAUACUUUUUCUGUGCAUAUUGGUAUGUAUUUUGACUGUCCGGAUGACUUAGAGGAAGAUAAUGAGUGAAGUAGUUGUGUAAGAUGAAAAAGAUGACUAAAUAAAAGAAAGCAUUUUCAUUCA